GCCUCCUUCUUUCAUUCGGUGAAGCUCACUCCGGGGUUUAGAGGCUACAGGCCUGAAUGACCUUUAGGAUUUCUCGAAGCCCCCUCGCCGCCGACACUCCCUCACAUUUUUGUUCAGAGUCAUCAGUUAUGCAGGGAAACCGCUCGCGCUGAGGAGGAAGACAGGAGCAACAAUAUGGCGACAACCGCAGUUUCUGCCCAGUCUCUUCCACAUCUGCAGUCCUGCCGCGGCUCUCUGGAUUCAUUGUAACGCUUGCAAAAGCUGCUACUGUGGAUGCUACAAACCUAAAGACCAAGUAGGUGCAGGAUGAAAACAUGGCUGCACCCCUUCUUGCACCAGGACCUCAUAGCUUCAAGAAGUUUACUGUGGAAUCUUUGGCGACUCUCGAGCAGCGCAUCAAUGAGGAGAAGAACAAGAAACCACCCAAGCAGGACAGCAGCUACCACGACGACGAUGACGAGAACAAGCCCAAGCCCAACAGGGAUCUGGAGGCUGGGAAGAGCCUGCCCUACAUCUACGGAGACAUCCCUCGGGGAAUGGUGGCGGUACCACUUGAGGAUCUGGACCCAUACUACCAGAAUACUCAAAAAACGUUUAUAGUGCUAAAUAAAGGGAAGACAAUCUUCCGUUUUAGUGCCACACCUGCCUUGUACUUCAUAAGUCCUUUAAAUCUGGUUAGGCGAAUAGCUAUUAAAAUUUUGAUACAUUCUCUUUUCAGCAUGAUCAUUAUGUGUACUAUCCUGACCAACUGUAUAUUUAUGACCUUUAGUGAUCCGCCUGAGUGGUCAAAGCAAGUAGAGUACACGUUCACAGGAAUUUAUACGUUUGAGUCUCUUGUAAAAAUCUGCGCACGAGGAUUCUGUAUAGACGGGUUUACGUUCUUAAGAGAUCCAUGGAACUGGCUGGAUUUCAUGGUCAUUUCCAUGGCGUAUAUAACAGAGUUUGUAAACCUAGGCAAUGUCUCAGCUCUGCGCACGUUCAGGGUGUUGAGGGCAUUGAAAACUAUUUCUGUAAUUCCAGGCCUGAAGACCAUUGUGGGUGCCCUGAUCCAGUCUGUGAAGAAGCUUUCGGAUGUGAUGAUCCUGACUGUCUUCUGCCUGAGCGUCUUUGCCCUCAUCGGUCUCCAGCUCUUCAUGGGCAACUUGCGCCAAAAGUGUGUGAUCUGGCCCAUCGACAUGAACCAGUCCGUCCUGGCCAACGGCAGCAAGGGCUUCGACUGGGGCGAGUACAUCAUGAACGAUGCCAACUUCUACUUCCUGCCUGGUCAGUUGGACGCUCUUCUCUGUGGGAACAGCUCUGACUCUGGCCACUGCCCAGAGGGCUACUUAUGCAUGAAAGCUGGGAGGAAUCCAAACUAUGGCUACACCAGCUUUGACAGCUUCGGCUGGGCCUUCCUGGCUCUCUUCCGACUUAUGACACAGGACUUCUGGGAAAACCUUUACAUGCUGACAUUGAGGGCAGCAGGGAAGACCUACAUGAUCUUCUUUGUCCUGGUCAUCUUUGUGGGAUCUUUCUACUUGGUGAAUCUGAUCCUGGCUGUGGUGGCCAUGGCUUAUGAGGAGCAGAACCAGGCCACCAUGGAGGAGGCUGCGCAGAAAGAGGAGGAAUUCAAGGCCAUGCUUGAGCAGCUCAGGAAACAACAGGAAGAAGCCCAGACGGCUGCCAUGGCAACAUCUGCAGGCACAGUGUCGGAGGAUGCAGUAGAGGAUGAUGGUGGAGGAGGGCGUCUCUCAUGCAGUUCAUCCGAGAUGUCAAAACUCAGCUCUAAGAGUGCCAAAGAGCGGCGCAACCGGAAGAAGAAAUGGCGACAGAAAGAGCAGGAGAAGGAGAAAGGCGACAGCGAGAAGUUUGUCAAGUCGGACUCGGAUGAUGGCAGCAAGCGGAGCCGCUUCCGUUUCCCGGAUAACAGGCUGGGUCGAAAGUCUUCCAUUAUGAACCAGUCCCUACUCAGUAUCCCUGGCUCGCCUUUCCUGUCUCGCCAUAAUAGCAAGAGCAGCAUCUUCAGUUUCAAGGGCCGCAGUAAGGACGUCGGUUCAGAAAACGAGUUUGCCGAUGAUGAGCACAGCACGGUGGAGGAGUGUGAGGAGCGCCGGGGUUCCCUGUUUAGCCCAUAUCGGCGGAGCAGCUACAGCGGGUACCAUGGGAAGAGGAACAGUACGGUGGAUUGCAAUGGCGUGGUGUCACUCAUCGGCCCUGGGCCUGGUGGACGCCUUCUGCCUGAGGUGAAAAUAGAUAAGGCAGCCACUGACGACAGUCCAACUACUGAGGUUGAGGUGAAGAAGAAGCUGUCGGGCUCCCUGAUGGUGUCUGUGGACCAGCUCAAUACCUCCUUUGGGCGGAAAGAGCGGGCCAACAGUGUCAUGAGCGUCAUUACCAACACAUUAGUGGAGGAACUGGAGGAGUCUCAGCGCAAGUGUCCGCCAUGCUGGUAUAAGUUUUCUAACACAUUCCUGAUCUGGGAGUGCUGCCCCAUAUGGAUUAGGAUCAAGGAGAUUAUGAAUCUGAUAGUCAUGGACCCCUUUGUGGACUUAGCCAUCACCAUCUGCAUUGUUCUCAACACCCUCUUCAUGGCCAUGGAGCACUACCCCAUGACAGGCGACUUUGAAGAUAUGCUGAGUGUGGGAAAUCUGGUGUUCACCGGAAUCUUUGCAGGGGAGAUGCUUUUUAAGCUGGCGGCCAUGGAUCCAUACUACUACUUUCAGGAGGCCUGGAACUGUUUUGACGGUUUCAUUGUGACGCUGAGUUUAGUGGAGCUGGCUCUGGCUGACGUUGAAGGCCUGUCUGUAUUGCGGUCUUUCCGAUUGCUGAGAGUGUUUAAGUUGGCCAAGUCAUGGCCCACCCUCAACAUGUUGAUCAAGAUCAUCGGUAACUCGGUGGGAGCCCUGGGGAACCUGACUUUGGUGCUGGCCAUCAUCGUCUUCAUCUUUGCUGUGGUGGGCAUGCAGCUGUUUGGAAAGAGCUAUAAAGACUGUGUGUGUAAGAUAGACAGGGACUGUGAGCUCCCCCGCUGGCACAUGAAUGACUUCUUCCACUCCUUCCUAAUCGUCUUCCGGGUGCUGUGUGGUGAGUGGAUUGAGACCAUGUGGGACUGCAUGGAAGUGGCUGGCCAGGCCAUGUGCCUCGUCGUCUUCAUGAUGGUCAUGGUCAUUGGCAACCUGGUGGUGUUGAACUUGUUCCUUGCCUUGCUGCUGAGCUCUUUCAGCGCUGACAACUUGGCUGCGACAGAUGAUGACGGUGAGCUCAACAACCUGCAGAUUUCAGUAAUACGCAUCAAGAAAGGGAUUGCGUGGAUAAAAGCAAAGAUGAGGGUACUGGUGGCCAGUCUGCUGAAGAAACCGCCGAUGGAGGACGAGCAGAAGCCUUUGGAUGACAUGUAUGACAAGAAGCUGAACUGCAUUGCUAAUCACACUGGGGUGGACAUCAACCGUGACCUGGACUAUGCCAAAAAUGGCAAUGGCACCACCAGUGGUAUUGGCAGCAGCGUUGGGAAGUAUAUGAUAGAUGAGGACCACAUGUCUUUCAUUCACAAUCCGAAUCUGACCGUCUGCGUGCCCAUAGCUGUGGGAGAGUCGGAUUUUGAGAAUCUCAACACAGAGGACUUCAGCAGUGAAUCAGAAAAUGAGAAUAGCAAAGAGCUGGAUGACACCAGUUCGUCAGAAGGCAGCACCAUCGACAUCAAGCCAGAUGUGGAGGAGGUGGUGGUGGUUGAGACAGUGGAGGAAUACAUGGAACCAGAGGCGUGUUGGACAGAUGCUUGUGUGGCCAAGUACAAGUGCUGUGACGUUGACAUCACGAUGGGCUGGGGGAAGCUCUGGUGGUUCCUGAGAAAAACCUGCUACCUGAUUGUAGAGCACAAUUGGUUUGAGACCCUCAUCAUCUUCAUGAUCCUUCUCAGUAGCGGUGCCCUGGCCUUUGAGGAUGUGUAUAUCGAGCAGAGGAAGACCAUUCGGAUCAUUUUAGAGUAUGCUGACAGGGUUUUCACCUACAUCUUCAUCCUGGAGAUGUUGCUGAAAUGGGUCGCCUAUGGUUUUGUCAAGUACUUCACGAAUGCCUGGUGCUGGCUGGACUUCUUCAUUGUGGAUGUGUCUAUAGUCAGCCUUGUAGCUAAUGCGCUGGGCUACUCCGAUCUAGGGCCCAUUAAAUCACUCAGGACACUAAGGGCCUUGAGACCCCUCAGAGCCUUGUCACGUUUUGAAGGGAUGAGGGUGGUAGUCAACGCCUUGGUGGGUGCCAUCCCUUCCAUUAUGAAUGUGUUGCUGGUUUGCCUCAUCUUUUGGCUGAUUUUCAGUAUCAUGGGUGUCAACCUGUUUGCGGGGAAGUACUACUACUGUUUCAAUGAGACAGCCGAGGCGUACUUUUCUGUUGAAGAUGUCAACAACAAGAGCGAGUGUGAGGCCCUCAUUAACCUAAACCAUACUGAGGUCAGGUGGAAGAACGUCAAAAUCAACUUUGACAAUGUGGGCGCCGGCUACCUGGCACUGCUGCAAGUGGCCACGUUCAAAGGCUGGAUGGACAUUAUGUAUGCUGCUGUGGAUUCCAGAGAGGUUGAACACCAACCAGACUACGAGGUCAACAUCUACAUGUACAUCUACUUUGUCAUAUUUAUCAUCUUCGGCUCCUUCUUCACCCUUAAUCUCUUCAUUGGUGUGAUUAUCGACAACUUCAACCAGCAAAAGAAAAAGUUUGGAGGUCAGGAUAUCUUCAUGACAGAGGAACAGAAGAAGUACUACAAUGCCAUGAAAAAACUGGGCUCCAAAAAGCCACAAAAACCUAUUCCUCGGCCACAGAAUAAGAUCCAGGGAAUGGUGUUUGAUUUUGUGACACAGCAAGUUUUUGACAUCUCCAUCAUGAUCCUCAUCUGCCUCAACAUGGUCACCAUGAUGGUGGAAACAGAUGAUCAGUCAAAUGAAACAGAGGACAUCCUCUACUGGGUCAACUUCAUCUUCAUCGUAGUCUUCACCACGGAGUUCCUGCUCAAGCUCUUUGCCCUUCGCCACUAUUACUUCACCAAUGGCUGGAAUAUCUUUGAUGUGGUGGUGGUCAUCCUGUCUAUUGUUGGUAUGUUCUUGGCUGACAUCAUUGAGAAAUACUUUGUGUCACCCACCCUAUUCAGAGUGAUCAGGCUGGCUCGUAUUGGACGUAUCCUCCGUCUGAUCAAAGGAGCUAAAGGCAUCCGAACAUUACUCUUCGCUCUGAUGAUGUCACUGCCAGCCCUGUUCAACAUCGGCUUACUGCUCUUCCUCGUUAUGUUCAUCUUCUCCAUCUUCGGCAUGUCCAACUUUGGCUAUGUAAAGCAUGGCGCAGGCAUUGACGACUUGUAUAACUUUGAGACCUUCGGCAACAGUAUGAUCAUCCUCUUCAUGAUCACUACAUCAGGUGGAUGGGAUGGCUUGUUGCUGCCAAUCCUCAACUACCCACCAGACUGCAACCCCAACUUGGAGAACCCUGGUACAAAUGUGAAGGGUAACUGUGGAAAUCCCUCAGUGGGAAUCUUCUUUUUUGUCAUGUACAUCAUCAUUUCUUUCCUGAUUGUGGUCAACAUGUACAUUGCCAUCAUCUUGGAGAACUUCAGCGUGGCCACAGAGGAAAGUGCUGACCCACUGAGUGAGGAUGACUUUGAGACCUUCUACGAGAUCUGGGAGAAGUUUGAUCCCACUGCCUCUCAGUUUAUUACUUUUGCCAAGCUUCCUGACUUUGCCGAUGCACUGGAGCACCCACUCCGAGUGCCAAAGCCCAACACUAUAGAACUAAUUGCCAUGGACAUGCCUAUGGUGAGUGGCGAUCGCAUACACUGCCUGGACAUCCUGUUUGCAUUCACAAAGCGUGUACUGGGUGACAGUGGUGAGCUGGACAUGCUGAGGCAGCAGAUGGAAGAGCGAUUUGUGGCUGCCAACCCCUCCAAGGUGUCAUACGAACCCAUCACCACCACUCUCCGCCGCAAACAGGAGGAUGUCUCUGCCAGAAUUAUUCAGAAUGCAUACCGCGCUCACCUCAUCAGACGUGGCAUCAUCUUCAAGCGCCACACUUUUACUAACAAUAAGCUUGAGAAUGGUGGUACCAACCAAGAGAAGAAGGAGAGCACACCUUCCACAGCCUCUCUCCCCUCUUACGACAGCGUGACCAAACCUGACAAGGAAAAGCAGGACGAAAACAAGGAGGAUUUUUCCAGAAAAGAGAAGGACAAAAACCAAAAAGAUGAGUGGGAAUCCAAGUGUUAGGGUUCAGUGACUCCAAUUCCAAUAAAAACAGCGAGAUGAGACUCUGAGCCCAAACCCAACAAAUGUAGAAAAAGUGAUCAUUUGCAAGUGAGAAAACAACUACAACAAAAACAUACAAAAAAAUGUUUACAGUAUUUCAAAUACUACGGGGACAAUGUUGUUUCUUAUGUCAUCAAAGACAGCUGAACCAAACACAAUCAGUUUACCAUGGGACUUUUGCUGCAUAGUGACCAAGUUCAUAGAAAUGAAAAACAAAUGCAAAGUGAAAAACAAUGACUAUAAAGUGUGCUGGCCAAUGACACGUGUUUCUUUGGGGACCAACUGCCAAGGCACAGAAUUCUCUGCUAGAUGAAUGGAGAAUUGCAAAAUCCCUGCCACCACCAAGUGUGGAACCCCCACAGCAAAGUGCUAAUGCUGUGGGUCCGGAUUACACAGACCCCCACUAGAACUGUGUUAGCAGUCUAACAGAGGGUCUGUAACACUGAGUUUACCAUCUUUAUCAAGAAGACAUCAAUCAAGCAAGCAAGUUUAGUUAGGAGGCAAACACUUGUGAGGGAGGAGGUAAACCCAGACCCGCAGACAAAGAUUUUUUUGUUUGUUUGUGCUGAGUAUACUUGCAUCUUUACAUUAUUUGAGCAGCAAAAAAAGAUAACAUUUAGCCCAUGUCACUAGUCGUUUCAUCUACUCUUUGUUAUACUGACACUGAAAAAGACAUUCUCUACAUGGGCUUUCACACUGACCAGGGUUGGGGUCAAUAGUCACUGUUUUGACUUGGGCUGAAGGAAACUUGCUCAGACUGAGUUGCAGAUAAAUAUUAAUUAUUGUGCUCGUUCAAUGCAUAGAAAUGACUUGCAUGAAGGCAUGUUUUGAUCAGGAAUCAUGCAUGAGUAAUCAUAGUCCACAAGACACUUCAUUCUCAAACCACUGCAGUGGCUUGACUAUAAGUUUGAGGCUGUCCACUGGGAAAGUUACAAGAACUGUAAAUGGAAAGCAAAUAUUAUGUUAAUGAUAUGCAUAUAGAAUAUUGGGGGAAUGAUAUUCAUAUAUCCCACCUUUCACUAGUUUUUUUUGGGUUUUUUUUUCAGUUGACCUUAAUCUUCAGAUUCAGCCUAUCAUCAAACUUUCAGGUGAAUGAAGGAUGAAAGCACUCAGAGGCAAUCAGAUCAGUCAAUUUCACAAACCAGAACCUGUUUUUUGCUGCUCUGAAUGUGAAUAGAUUUGAAAGAGUGUGUGAUUGUCAAGAGGGAAGCAGAAUAUCUUCAUGUUGAGGAUGCACAGAUUUGGAAGGCCUCGUUAGAAUGAAGUGCUGAACCAAAUCCUGGGCUUACACCUUGUUUAUUUACUUCCAUCACACAGUCACUCUCCUGACUUUCCUGUGGUCCCUGUUACGGCAGGUGAUGUUCCAAGCCAAGGAAUCCAUAUCUGGCAUCAAUAACGCUUUGGUGUGCUCAAGUGUCAACAGAAAACUCAUCUACCGCUGCAUUUCCUGAAGAAGGGACAAAAUAUUUUUUUUUUUUUCUGUUAUUCUUUGCUUUGUUUUUGAUAUUCGUUUUGUAUUGGGCUUGUGGAAGAAUGGAAAACCACAUCAGACUGUACUUCCAGUAAUUUAUUUCAUACGAGUUUAUGUUUUGAGCUUUUCUGACAAUUUGAGUUCUCAGUGUUGGGGGGGAAAGCCUUGAAGUCCUUCUCUGAUGUCCUUGGUAUACAAUCAUUCUCAGAAAAGGCUUGAUCAGUGAGAGUGACACUGGCCAUCUGAAACAGCAGAGUUAGCAGAGAGUUAUCACAAGGACAUGCCUCGUCAUGUAUGAACGUUGGAUGGCCAUGAAGGGCUUGUGGUUUUGUCCACAGACUCAAAUGGAUUUUGUUUGAUAUUACAGGGAGGUGAACGGUGAUAAAUAAUGGUAUGAAUAGGGACCAAUAAACCGGUAGAGCUGCUCCCUUCAGGGUUUUAGACUGACUGCCAUGGGAGCAGGAGAGAAAUGCCAGAGCAGAGGUGGAUUUGGCUUUGAUCUGAGUCAGAGUGCUGAAAGUCCCAUAUUUGUCAGUGUAUCAUUGUGCUUUUGUGGGACCUCUUAAAACACUGUGUGGUGUUGGACCCAGGCUCACACCAUCUUUUCACAUACAAGCAGGCUUUCAAAUGCUAUCACCCGCUUCAAAAAUAUUCAGCCAGAGAUGGAGGUAGAAACCCAACACUAGCCAUGAUAAAACAUCAGCAGGCCUCACAUCGAUGCAGCUAUGUUGUAUAAUAAGCUUCGUGGGUGUUUUUCAUUAAAAAAAAAACAAAAAAAACACAUACAAAAACGGAGGCUUUGUCAAGUGGUCGUCAAGACACAACUGCCUCCAAAUGUAUUCCUGCCAUUUCUUUUCUACACAGGAGUGAGGAUCCUAUUUCUACAUGGAUGACCGGACAUAGAUCUGGCGUCCAUCGUCACACCACUAAUGCUAUUUGGUGUGUUUAACACUGCCUGUACCAGAAUCUCCUUGUCCGUAACAAUACCUGAGUUCUGUUUACAAUAUGAGAUCUCCGAAUCAGUUUGUCUGCUGUACACUGAAACCAAAUACAUUCCCAAUGAAAACCACAGGAGUAGUGAGUAAUGUCAUCCAAUUUACCCAUGUUCGACUUGGAUGUAAUGUUUUAGAAUGACACAUUCACACUUGUAAAAGAAUAUCAAAGAAAAAAAAAAAAAAAAGACAAAAAGGAAAACACAAAAACACAUAUAUGUACAGUGCAGGCUAUGAUGUAAAUGGCACAAUCGCUGAAAAAGAACAAACUUUUUGAGAGAAACUAUAAAUAUUGUAUUAUAUUCUUUUAUUUUAUCAGCAUGCUUUGUUGUGUUCUCUUUUUUUUUGUAAAUACGGAAUUUUAAAAAUGUUACUACUAAUAAUCAAAAAAGAAAAAAGAAAGAAAAAGAAUAAUAACAACAAUAUAGAAUGGCUUCCAGCUAUGCCCUUUGUCACAUUUGUUAACUUUUGGAUUUUUUGAGACACUUUUCACUUUGUUGACAGAAAUUGAAUGAUAUAUAUAUAUAGAUAUUAUAUAAUACAAAAGAUAUAUACAUGUAUACAUAUAUGUCUAUAUGUAUAUACAUAAAACAGAAGAACACUGUUUGUCACAUUUGAUUUAUGUGCAACACAUUCAGUGGAUGUCUUUCCAGCACCCUUCUAUGUUGGGGAAUAGCUCAUGUGCUGUUACUGGAGCUGCUUGCCAUGGAUUGUAGCCUGAUCAUAAUGAAAGGAUAAUGUUACCAGCACAUUUCUCACUUACUGUCAUAUUUGUCACCUUCACUGAAUAUACAGGACACACCCACUGUCAUGGACACAAACUCACACAGGUGACACUCAUCUCUGUCCACCAACUUUACCAAUAGUCUCUUCCCAAAGAGGACAUCAGCUGGUGUAACUGACUGCCUCAUCCACCUGAGACCCUACCUUCCCCAGGGCCUCACCCCACCCAACCCCACACACACACACACACCAGUGCCAUUACGACUCAACAUUCAUACAAUCAUGUACUUGCUUCUCAUCCUCACAUUAUUUUUCAUGAAUGAUUUGUUUCUAGUGUUCCACUCAAUGGCAUGUGCCUUUUUUUCUGCUUUUUCUGCAAAUUUAAAUGUCGAUGCCACAUUGGGAAAGGAUAAGAAAAACUAAAACGGGGAUAAACAAAAGAAAAUUAAACACAAACUGUGGAGGGUGGGGGGGUUCGAGGGUGAGCACAACAUUAAUCAGGGAUGUCGAGUCAGAAAAUACUGCCAGAGGAUCAUUUAGACACCCUACUUCAUCUUAAUAUUCAACAAUGUGUGAUGUUAACAGAAAAACAGCUAACUCAAAAAUGUCCUGUUCCUAGUGCUAUGUGUGUCACCCACUUGGCUUGUGAAAAAGCAGCUUGCCUUCUAUAUUUCUGUUUUAUUUCUUCUGUAUUUUUGUUUCCAUCUGAGAUUUAUUUUUGUAUCAGUAUGUGUUUAUAGGACUCAUUCCCUUUUUUUUUUCAAGCAUGGUUUCUUAUGGGCGUUUUUAAUUUUUUCCUUUUUUGCUGAAAAAUGUGUGCUUCUCAAACAGUUGUUAUCAUUUGACACCGUGAUAGAGAAUAUACAGUACAAUAUGAUGGUGUGUUGCACAACCACUUGGACUCUUGGUAAGAAUAUAUGAAAGAUUGUCUUCAUUUGAGCACGAACCUUUUUAUUACCAAUAAAGCAGCCUUCCAGUUA